UUGUACUCCUAGGCUGAGAAUAAGUGGUGUAAAAGGCUGACACAGACUUCCUCUCAGGAUGGGAGUCACAUGAUGAGGUCAAACUACACUUCACAUGAGAAGGGAUUUCUAACAACACAAGAUCGAGGGUAUUCUAAUCUAAUAUCGAGAACAGCAUCGGCAUACAUCAACAAAUACAGCAGCAAUGAGUUUGAAAGCCUUCACUCAAGUGCAAGUCUAUGAAAAACUUCCCAACCCUAAAGAAAAAGACAAAUUCAGCAUCCAUAGCCUGGAGUGUUAUGACAGAAAUAUAUACAUUGGAACCAAAGACUCAUUGGUCCAACACCUUAUCCUACCCAGCAGCAGUGACACGAAGGACUCCAGUCAAAGUCCUCGGGAGGGGAGGAUGAAACUGCUAGGCUCAAGCAGCCCAGUCACCCAAUUAAGGGUGAUACCAGUUCUCAAUCACCUUCUGGUUCUGUGGGAUCGUUCCGUUAGCGCCCUAAACAUGUUCUCCCUAGAACCCCUUCCUUUCCUGAAGCGGAUCCAACACGUGUCUUUCUUUGAGGUGUGUGAAUCGGCACUGUCAACCUCAUCGCAGUCUGUGUGUGUGGAGCUGGUGACAGCUUCUAGCAGGAGCAGAGUGGUCCGGAUCCAUGUUGUGGGGGUGGAGAGAUGGGAUUGUGUUAAAGAGGUGUCUCUACCCCAGGAACCUGUGGCCUUAGCUGUGUAUGAUAACACUUUGUGUGUGGCCACCAGUGACAGGUAUUUCCUCCACGACCACAAGAGUGGAAGCACCAUUGAUCUCUUCCCUCACAACCUGAGCAGGCAGAAUAUCAUUGUGAGCACCGCAGGAAAAGGGGAAUUCCUUUUAAAUGGGCCCGGCUCCUUGGGCAUGUUUGUCAUGAAGAAUGGCAUAUGCCAGCGGCCUCCAGUGCAGUGGUCUGAGGAGCUGUUGGCAGCGGUGGUGUGUUACCCUUACAUCCUGGCCCUGCAGCCUCAGGCUCUCUAUGUCUACAGUAUGGUGGAUCAGCAUCUCAAACAGACUGUGCCUCUGCUUAGGGCCAGGGGCCUACUCUCAACAACAGAGGGUGUGUACGUUUUUAUGGAGAGAGAGAUCCUCGGUUUGUCCCAUGUACCAUUUGAGGAGCAGAUCCAAACCCUGGUAAGGUAUGAGAGAGUGGAGGAGGCACUGGGACUGCUUGGUGGAGUUCAAGCUCAUCUUCCACAGGUUUCUUACAAGGAGCUGCAUAAGAUCAUCACUUGCAUGGAUGGAUUCAUUAAAUUCUACCAGGGGUCUUUUUCAGAGGCCAAAGAACUUUUUAUCAAAGGGGAGUUGGACCCUAGAGAACUCAUCAGCUUGUAUCCAGAGAUGGAACCACUCUGUGAGACCUUUCAUUCCCAGCUGGUCAAAGUGAACAAUGCAAAGGAGCUCUUGGCACUACGGCAAGAGGACAGGACCACAUUUCAACAGUAUCUAGACUUCCUGGGCGAUUUCCUAAUGGUGGUUCGAGGGACGAAGCAGGGAGUUGAGUGCAGUGAGGAUAUUGAUACUGCACAACUGAGAAUGUACACAGAGCAAGGUGACAGAGUAGACCUGGAUGCACUUGUGUCCUCUCCCAAUUCCUGCUCAAUCGACAAAUGUGUGCCUCUCCUUGAGCUGCACAAGAGAUUUUUCACACUUGGAUUACUCUACCAGAGUCAUGGUCACCAUAUCAAAGCAAUCCAGACUUGGGUGAAAAUUACUGAUGGGCAAUAUGAAGACAGCUCAUGUUCAAAUGUGUAUGAGCACAUUGUGAGAACUCUCAGUCGACUAAAACAGAGAGACGUGGUUUGGACGUUUGCAGACUGGGCUCUCCAAAGAAACCAGGAGGUUGGAAUCCAGAUUUUCACAAAAAGAGAUCCAGAAGACCAAGACACAUUUGCACAGGAGGAUGUCCUCACUUUUUUAAAGAAUUACUCUCUAGCUUUGAUGUUGUUCCUGGAAUUUCUGGUCCAUGAUUUGAAAAGCAAGGAGGAGAAGCAUCAUACCCUUUUGGCCACCGCAUAUGUCACCCAUAUACUCAGAGCCUUACAGAAUGGAAAGGGUACGGAUUCAGAUGGAGGAAUGACCAGAGAUAAACUGCAACAGUUGCUGUGGCAGUCUUCCCUCUAUGACACCAUGACAGUACAUGAGGCCAUCCAGCCGACAGUCCUGCACACCGAGCAGGCCAUCCUGCUCGGGAGAGCUGGUGACCACUAUCAGGCCCUACAGACCUUGGUCCACAAAGAGAGAGACCUCCAGGUUGCAGGGGCCUACUGCAGGAGGGCUGCUGGGUGGCAGGAAAGGGAACUGGAACACACCCUUUUCCUCACCCUGCUCCGGAUCUACCUGGGCUCCAAUGAGCUAGCGAGUGCGGCCGUGGACCUGUUGAAUGCCAACGCUGCUGCUUUUGACCUGGAUACAGUCCUCCAGGUUCUGCCGGAUUCCUGGUCUGUUCAGCUGGUCUCCCAGUUCGUGUUGGGGUCCCUUCGAGGGACUUUCCAUCAAAGACGAAUGGCAGGGGUAGAGAGGGGCCUGGCCCAGGUAGAACUCCUUAGACACAAGUACACUUGGGCCCAAGCCUCAAAAAGAAUGCUGAAAUUGGAUAAGGGUCUGGUGUGCAAUACCUGCCAGAAGGAUCUCACAGAGCCAGAGUUUGUGUGUAGUCUUAGGGGUGAGCUGGUUCACACUAACUGUGGAAGCUACACAGAGUAGCUUCCACAAAUCCAAUGCAAGUCAAUGGUACCUAUAUUAGCAUUUUCUAAUUUCACUUCAUAAUCCUCUAUAAGUAACUUCAUUCAGUUACACAAUCCAUUUUUAGAUACUUUAGGAUGAUUUGGACAUAAUGCGCGGAAAUGAUAAUAAUUAUAGGUACCAUUGUUUUUUUAUUGAACCUUUAUUUAACUAGGCAAGUCAGUUAAGAAUAAAUCCUUAUUUACAAUGACGGCCUACCUUGGAACAAUGGGUAAACUGCCUUGUUCAGGGGCAGAACGACAGAUUUUUACCUUGUCACCACGGGGAUUACGAUCCAGCAACUUUUCGGUUACUGGCCCAACAGUCUGACCACUAGGCUACCUGCCGCCCCAAAUCCAAUUAUUUGCAUUGAAUUUGUGCCACAAUUGCUAAAAAGUUAGCAUUUGAAACAGUGGUCAGGGAAACAAAGCCAAAGCAUGGAUUGCUGUCAUACCUUGUUGAUAGACUGCUUACAGGGAAAAAACUAAUAUGCCAUUUUGCAAUUAGGAUGAACUAUCCCUUUAAGGCAGCAACAUUCGACAGCCGUGCAAGGGGUGUGACGAAUUCCACUAGGCACUGUGUCUGCUUCUUACCCAAUCAUUAGUUUCACGUUUUAUGGGGAAUUUGCAAUCUUACUGGUCCAAACACAUUGAGUUAUACUAAACAUUAGGAACACCUCCUAAUAUUGAGUUGCAUUCCCUUUUGCCCUCAGAACAGCCUCAAUUUGUCAGGGCAUGGACUCUACUAGGUGUCGAAAGCCUUCCACAGGG